UAUGCGUCAUAAAUCUAGCAGCCACUGCAAUUAUAUAUAGAUCCCUCCAUAUUGGAAUUUCUUUAUAUCAAAUGUUCUUAAGAUUUUGGAGUUGUUUAUCUAAAAUCUGAACAUUCUGUGCCAUUCGGAGAAGGCGAUCGGCGGAGGCUGUGGAGGUUGUGGAGGAAGAGGAGGAGGAGGCCGGACCCUCCCAGCCUAUUGAGCCACCCCCACCAGAUGUGGGAGAAGUGAAGGAGGUGGAAAGUGCUGUACCCUCCAGCACCACCCCAUCUCAGGACUCUGAGGAAGAGGAGGUGAUCACCAGCCCCUGCCAAGAGGAAAAAUGUUUUGAAGAACUUAAUGAGAUACAGAAUGUGCUUAAUAACAUUGCAAAACAGCAGAAAAUGGAAAGAGAUGGCCUUGCAAAAAAAUACAGGGCGUCCGCAGAUUCAUUCAAGCAAGGAAUAUUAAGAGACAAGAUAGCUAAACUGGUAUCUAAUCAGAAGACAUUGCUGCAGGUAGUCCGUAAUCAGAAAGAAGCAACACUGAAAGUAAUAGCACAUCAACAGAGCAGGAGAUCAGAUGCUAAUAACAGAGAGACGAGCCCCACUCUGCUUCCUUGUGAUCCAUCUCCUGGAAGACAUCAGAUUUCUGCUGUUAAUGAAUGGCUCGAAGCCAACACUGCUAAUGGAAGUACCAUGACAACGAAAAUACCAGCAGUGGACAGCGUGCCAGACUCCGAAAGCAACCAAUUCCCAAGAACAAUUAGCAGACACAUUUCAAGUUCAGAGAUAAGCAGAACCGUAGAGGUUCCCGCUGUCUCCCUAAUAUCGGAAAGGACAGCUCCACAUGACUCAAAUCUGACAUCAAAGCGAAAACCAGAGGGAGCAGAAAAUGGCCCAUUAAGCUUUGAUUCAUGCUCUAGUGUAAUGAAUGAUCAUUUAGCAUCUAUAGCACGAGGAAGCAAAUCUCAUAAUGCAUUCCCUGUAAGCAUCACGUUAGAAAUGAUAGAAAAAAACUACAUUUCUGUUGAAAAGAUCAGCCAGCAAACAGCAGCUGAAAGACAUCAGACUUCUGAUCAACAGCUGCAAAGGCCAAGCUAUGAAAAAGCAAUUCAGCAGGCAGAUGAUGAUUGUCCUGUCUUGACUGAUGUAUCAGCAUACCGGAGGCUUCAACUCAGUGCAAUAGGGCCAAGAAGUUAUACAUCAAAUCAAAAUGUUCAUCACAACGAUGUCAGCAUACUGGCAUCUGAAAAACAACAGAAAUGUGUAGAAACAGAGAAAAAGACAAGAAAAUUCCCUUUGAGAAAACUUAUGAAACUGGGGACACUAAAGCCAGGAGUGGAUGUACUAAGCUUUCAGCUGCAGGACUACAGCCAUAAAGCCACACUGCUUUGUGACGGGCAGGUAACAGACUGUUCUGGGGUAGUCUUUCGAGAUCCAGUUCAGUGGCUAAAAGCUCUUCUAGGAAAUAACAUUUCAGUGACCUGGAAAUAUGUAGCUGAUAAGGUCACAUACACUGGUAAAAAACUUUCAAGUUUUAUUGCUCAAGAGGACUAUGCAAAGACAGAACGAGACCCUGAUCCCGAGGGGAAUAUUACUGCUACACCAAGUCACCAGCCUCCAGGUCAUACAGUGCUGCAAGUGAAUGAAAUUUUGCUGGUUGAUAAAAGUGAAUUUUUCCCAAGCCAUAUAAUGGAUAGGUACUGGGAAGAAUUCAUGACCUGUGAUAACCAUGACGUCUGAAGACAAAUACCAACGGCAUUGUGCACUCUAUUUACAUGUUAUCUGUUCCAUCUUGUGCCUUAUUUUGUUACUUAGAUGUACCUAGAUAUUUAAUAGUUUGAAUCUUUAUUGACAGAGGUCAUACCGUAUCUCAUAAGAUCAGUUAAUUUAUGGUAGUAAAGUCACUUCUAUAUAAAUCUGCUUAAACUGUCCUUGAAUGGAUAAAUAUGAGUGAGAUCAUUAUGGAUUAGUUGUUUGCAUUAUGUUGUAGUUGGUUAUUUUGUGCUUUACAUAAAAUAUUUUCUCAUAUACUAUAUUUCCAGCACUAUAAGACACAAUUUUUUGUCCCAAAAAAAUCGGGCCAAAAAUUUAGCACUGGUAAUGUGAAGACUGCUUUCACCGCUAGACCUGCAAUCUCUGCCUACACUGUAAGGGUAUUGCAGACCAUUGCCAUUGUCACUAUGUAUGACAGCAUGGUACUGCAGGGGGAGCGAUGAAGGCAGUACAUGGCCAUGGAGAUUCUCCCACUCCUACGAUACCUCCUGCUUUGUGCUGGUCCUUGGUGUGGGGCUGGUCCUGUGUGCGCCACAGGACCUGGUGACGGAGGCUCAUGUGGCAAGACACAUGGAUUGUAAACAGCAUACAGGAAUUUUAAGCAGCAACAUAGGUAAUAAUUGUUCAAGUAGAGAAGAACUGCACAGUGCAUCAUUCCCAGAUCCCCCAAAACAGUAUCAUCCACAUAUCACCCAAAACAGUGUGAUCCACAGAUCGCCCAAACAAUUAUUUUCUUAUUUUCCUCCGCUGAAAUCUAUAAAUGCGUCUUAUAGUCCAGUGCAGGAAAUAUAGUAAAUAAGCAGGCAUUUAUGGUGAUAUUAUAUCAAGUUUCUUGUAGUUGUAGUCUUGGUUUUUGUGGAAUUUACACACACAAUAAAUCCUGUUCAUUGUGGAGCAGUCUUCUGCUACCUCAGUUUAUUGUAAAACGUAUGUUACUAAGUGUUAGUACAUCAACUAUAUACUAUGUUAUAAUUCUGACAAUGCAUGCAGCUGCAAGCU